CGCCCAGCGGGAGGGGAGGAGGCGGAGGGGGCGCGCGGGGCGGGGGGCGCGGGGCGGGGCGGGGCGGCGGGACCCACUGCUCCUCCCCCCAGGGCCCCCGCGCGGCCCCCGGUCGCCCGGGCAGCGGAGGCAGCGGCGGCGGAGGAGGAGCUCGCGCCCCGGCCCCGUCGGGCUCCGGCAGAGCAGCAGGCACAGGUCCCGGGAAGGUGGCGUCAGCAUCUGCAGCCGCGUCGACGUUGUCUGAGCCUCCGCGGAGGACCCAGGAGAGUCGGAGUAAGAGCAGGGCCCCGGGCCUCCCCACGCGCCCUAUGGAGAAGCCAGCUGCCUCAACAGAACCCCAAGGGCCUCGGCCCGCCUUGGGCCGCGAAAGUGUCCAAGUGCCAGAUGAUCAGGACUUCCGCAGCUUCCGGUCAGAGUGUGAGGCCGAGGUGGGCUGGAACCUGACCUACAGCAAGGCCGGCGUGUCUGUGUGGGUGCAGGCUGUGGAGAUGGAUCGGCCUCUGCACAAGAUCAAGUGCAGGAUGGAGUGCUGUGAUGUGCCUGCAGAGACGCUCUAUGACGUCCUCCACGACAUAGAGUACCGGAAGAAGUGGGACAGUAACGUCAUCGAGACCUUCGACAUCGCCCGCCUGACUGUCAAUGCCGACGUAGGAUAUUACUCUUGGAGGUGUCCCAAGCCCCUGAAGAACCGUGAUGUCAUCACCCUCCGCUCCUGGCUCCCCAUGGGCGCUGAUUACAUCAUUAUGAACUACUCGGUGAAGCAUCCUAAAUACCCACCUCGGAAAGACUUGGUCCGAGCUGUGUCCAUCCAGACCGGCUACCUCAUCCAGAGCACGGGGCCCAAGAGCUGCGUCAUCACCUACCUGGCCCAAGUGGACCCCAAAGGCUCCUUACCCAAGUGGGUGGUGAAUAAGUCUUCUCAGUUCCUGGCUCCCAAGGCCAUGAAGAAGAUGUACAAGGCCUGCAUCAAGUACCCUGAGUGGAAGCAGAAACACCAGCCACACUUCAAGCCGUGGCUGCACCCGGAGCAGAGCCCAUUGCCCAGCCUGGCACUAUCGGAGCUGUCCGUGCAGCAUGCGGACUCACUGGAGAACAUCGAUGAGAGCGCAGUGACCGAGAGCCGUGAGGAGCGAGCAGGCGGUGCAGGUGGAGAGGGCAGCGACGAUGACACCUCGCUCACCUGAGCACAGCCCCCUCUGCAAAGGACCAAGACAGGACUGAUGCUGAGCCCUGGGGCACUGAGCCUUCUGCACUUCUCCCCUCUCCCACCUGCCUUCUGGGGGCACUGGGCUCCUGCUCAGGUGGCUGCGGCCUGGCUGGACAUGGCCCCAAAUAAAUGAACCGCACAGCCCCAA